UCUUCUGAUGAUCCUGAACUUAUCCCAAGAAAAUAUUUGUUUGGUAACCCAAACAAAGCAUGCCCAAAAAUAUCAUAUGAUGGUAAAUAUCUGGGAUUUAUUGCUCCUAGUGAAGGUAUAAUGAAUGUUUAUAUAAGCCAUGAUCCUUAUGAUCUAAGUAAAGCAAAGCCAAUCACCUCUGAUAAAAGUCAUGGUGUAAGAGAAUAUUGGUGGACAUAUAAUAAUAGAAUUUUAUAUUUAAUUGAUAAAGAUGGAGACGAAGACUAUAAAAUUUAUUCAGUUAACAUUGAUACAACUGAUGAGAUAUGCUUAACUCCAUUCAAUAAUGUUCAAUCUAAACCUAUCAGAUUAUCUCCAAAACACCCUCAUGAUGCAAUUAUUAAGAUCAAUAAGCCAGAUCCUACCGCUUACAGUCUUUAUCGUUUCAAUCAUAAAACACAAAAUAUUACUCUAAUUGAAGAGAAUAGUCAAUCUUUUAAUGAAUAUUUCAUUGAUGAUUCACUAAGAGUUCGAUACGCAAUUAAAGAGGUUGGAAUAAAUGGAAAAGAGAUUUAUGUAAAAGAUGAAAAUACUAGCGAAAAUCCUGACAAAUGGAAAUUGAUUAUUUCUUAUAACCUUGAUGACGCUAAAUCCUCAGAUAUAAUAUCUUUAGAUAAUGAAGGUUCUAUUUAUUUACUUGAUUCACAAGAUUGUGAAUUUAAUUCUAUAUAUAAAUUAGAUAUAAAUGAUAAAGAACCAAAACUUCAUUCAAUUUCUAAGCCAUCGGAUCAAAAAGCAGAUAUCAAUAAGAUUCUUCUUCAUCCUGUCACUAAAAAACCUCUUGCAUAUUCUGUCACUCAUCUUAGAGAUUCUUGGUAUCCUAUUGAUGAGAAAAUCAUGUGUGAUUUAGAUAUUUUAAAAAACUUUAAUGAAGGAGAACUCGAACUCAAUAUAAUUUCUCAAUCAUUGGAUAAUUUAAUUUGGACUAUUUCUUAUGAAAGUGGAAAUAAACCUCCAAAAUAUUAUCUUUAUAAUAGAAACGAUCAAACUUUUCAUCAUUUAUUUGAUGCGCGACCGGAAUUAAAAAAAUAUGAAUUAGGUCAAGUUUUUCCUUUAAUAAUUAAAUCCAGGGAUAAUUUGGAUUUAGUCUGUUAUCUUACACUUCCAGCUAGGAAAUAUGAUCCUUUAACAAAAUACAGGCCAAAAAAACCUUUACCAUUAAUUUUACACGUUCACGGUGGUCCUUGGAAUCGUGAUUAUUAUUGUUUUAAAGCUGAUUCACAAUUAUUUGCAAAUCGUGGUUAUGCUGUAUUAAAUGUAAAUUAUCGUUCCUCUACUGGCCUGGGUAAAUCUUUUAUUCGUGCUGGUAUCGGCGAAUGGGGUAAAAAAAUGAAUGAUGAUUUAAUUGAUGUAGUAAAAUGGGCAAUUUGCAAAAAAAUUGCAAUCAAAGAAAAGGUUGCAAUUUAUGGU